GCUGCGCCGCAAACCCGCUGCUUCUGAGCUUUCCGAGACAUGGCGCUGAGGCUGCAGCGGCGGGGAUUCCAGCUCUGCACCCGGCUGCCCGACUUCUUCCUGAUGCUGCUUUUCAAGGGCUGCUUGAUAGGAGCUGUGAAUCUCAAAUCCAGCAACCGAAACCCAGUGGUACCAGAAUUCGAAAGUGUGGAGCUGUCUUGUAUCAUUACAGAUUCACAGACACAUAACCCCAGGAUUGAAUGGAAGAAAAUUCAAGAUGCCCAAACCACAUACGUGUUUUUUGACAACAAAAUUCAGGGUGAUUUGGCAGGUCGUGCAGAGCUAUUUGGGCAAACCUCUCUGAAGAUCUGGAAUGUGACCCGAACAGACUCAGCUCUCUAUCGCUGUGAGGUGGUGGCUCGAAACGACCGCAAAGAGAUGGAUGAGAUUGUCAUUGAAUUAACUGUGCAAGUGAAGCCAGUCCCUCCGGUGUGCAGAGUACCAAAGGCUGUGCCUGUGGGCAAGGCAGCCACGCUGUACUGCCAGGAGCGGGAGGGCCACCCCCCACCACAUUACAGCUGGUACCGCAAUGACUUGCCCCUGCCGAAAGAUUCCAGGACCAACCCCAGAUUUAAAAACUCCUCUUUUCUCAUGAACUCUGAAACGGGCACUCUGGAUUUCAGCGCUGUUCACAAGGAGGACUCCGGCCGGUAUUACUGCAUCGCUUCCAACGACGCGGGCUCAGCCAAGUGUGAGGAGCAGGAGAUGGAAGUCUACGACCUGAACAUCGCUGGGAUUAUUGGUGGGGUUCUGGUCGUCCUUGCCGUCCUGACCCUGAUAACUGUGGGCAUCUGCUGUGCGUACAGACGUGGGUACUUCAUCAACAGCAAACAGAGUGAGGAAAGUUACAAGAAUCCGGGGAAGCCAGAUGGAGUUAACUAUAUCAGGACAGAUGAGGAGGGCGACUUCAGGCACAAGUCCUCAUUCGUGAUCUGAAAGCCAGCAGCGUGGCUGGGCGUGUACGCCGCCUCCCCUGGCAACGCCUGCACGGAGCAGCUCGGAGUGCAGUGCCCUUGGACAGCGCUGGACACUCUUGCAAAAAAGCUUUUCGUUUUGGCCAAAGUUGACCGCUACUCCUUUCUUACUUUUUAACAAGCCACAUAAAUAAAGAAUUCUCCUCAAGAUGGGCACCGUGGCUCACGGAGAGUCCUGCUCCGUUUCUCGUUAAAGGCUUUGUCGGUCAGUGUCGUGGUGUCGAUUCUGGAGACUCUUCCUGGGUCAGCAUUUUACAGACCACCCCAAACCAGAAAAGUGAAUCGCUUGCUGGGAGCAGGGCCUCCCUGCCUGGAGGAGCCCCGCUCAUCCGCAGAGGCGUCGGUGCGGGGGGGACAGCCUCCGCCUCCGCCAGCCGCAGUGUGAAGUGGUACUCAAGUAAUGUUCUGCUUUUUUAUGGGUGUUUCUUUUAUAGAAUUUCAUAUUCUAAAUUUUUGCUAAACAUGUAUUUUGGUUAUUGAAAUUUCUAUUUAAACUGUAAAUAUGUUGUCAGUGUUAGAUAACCUAUUUUUUUUAAGAAAACACACAACCUAUGGUAGUAGUGCCAAGCUACUCGAGUUAAAUUGGCAAACGUCGACAUUAAGAGUAUCUUUGUCCGAGGACCCCUCUCCAGGAGGCUUACCAGAACACUCCUUUUCCCACACGUGCGUUAGCAGUUUUCAGAAGAGAACUUGCGCUUUCUAUACAUCAGACCAUUGUUGCUUAGGCAACCUUUAAAAACUCCGAUUAAGUAAUGCCAGAAUCUGUUUACCAUCUCUCUCAAAAAACAGAGCCUUUAGCCACAGUCCGUGCAAACCGUUAGCUCCCGGGUUGAGCUCACGACAUCUGCUGCUUGCAUGGGUGUCGGCUACUAACUCCGGAGACCAGCCCGCCAGCUUGCCCUGCACCUCUGACGCCCUGGCUGUGGCUCUGUGCCCUGGUUGGCUUUAAUAUCCUGUUCAUGUCCCAUAGGCACUCAGCCCAGCCCAGGACAGUUCCUAGGUGUCACUUCAGGAGUGGCAGAUCCUCUCCCCGUGGCAUCCCAGCCUUGGGGUUUCCCUGGGCUGGGCCCUUUUUGGUUGUGGGUGGCUCAUGAAACAGAUGCUACUGCUAUUUGGCUUUUUUAAAUUCACUUAUUUGUGUAGUUCAUAAGACUCUCCGGGGCCAAAGGCAGUUUUGAAUCAAAUCUGUUCACUAUAAUAAUAUUUUUAAAAGAAAGUGAAUUCCUCUUGACUAGGAAGAAAGCCCCAAGGCACCAGGCUCUCACUUCGCAGUGCGCUGUCUUGUGGCCGCCCAGCACCAGCGGGCCUGGUAGGCUGUCAGGCAGAGCGCCAGGGCCGGAGGCCCAGGGCGAGGAGGGCGAAGUGCCCAAAUCAAAGGCAGCUUUCUAGCUCCACCCACAACACCGCACCCUUGGUGGGGGAUGGCAGAGACAAGCCUUUGUUCUCCGAGGGCAGAUGUUCUUGGCCUCAGAUAAGAUGCCGAGUUAACUUAUCAUAAUGUGAUUUGAAGCAAGGAGCUUGUCGGAGGAAUGCCUUGGGUUCCAUUGUGUGCUUAGACGGUAGUUUUUAUAUAAGAACAUAGUCACCUUGGGAUUAAAUUUGCAUUGUCUUAGUUUUCUGUACUUUGAGGUUUUUACGACUUGAGACUUGAGACCCACGCUGACUUGGAGUCGAAGCCGCGUGGAGUGUUUGCCGUGGGACGGUGGGCAGCAGGCGGGACAAGUCUUCGCACCCGGGGGCGCCCACCGACCUGUGCGUUUGUGUCCUGAAUGCUUACCUUGGGGCUCUCCCUUCAGCUUCACCUUUUCUAAAGGGACAGCCUCCCCUUUUCCUAAUCAGUGGGGAUCUUGGUUGUCACAGUGGUAGGGUGGCCUUUUUGCCCCCUUCUUGUGCCCUAAAACCUCAGGCCCUGGUGCCCUGUGGACUGGGUCUGACGGGAGAGUUGUGGACUGUGGAGUCUGGGGAGCCGGUGCCUUUACCGUGAAAAUUAGGACAGCAGAGGCACGUUCGUGUUUUCAGAUGUGAUGUGACUAAGAACCGAGGCCUGUGCGAGGCUGUGGUGGCCUUUGGUGUGGCUCCUGUGUACAUAGAUGUGGCGGCCUUGUACUAACACACCUGUAAGUUGAUGUUUGUUAAACCUCACUUAUAAAAGCUUUUUAAAAAAAUCAA